UAAUUAUCGGACUACUCGGUUCCUUGCUGAAGAGGGAUUUUAUAAAUUCCAUAACUGGUUUGAUGACCGGGCCUGGUACCCAUUGGGUCGAAUCAUUGGAGGAACAAUUUACCCAGAUUCCAAAGUGGAUUUUAUAAAGAUAGGAACACAUGUAUGAGAGAGUAACGGCCUAAUGAUCACCUCUGCUGCAAUCUACCAUGUACUCCAUUUUUUCCACAUCACCAUCGACAUUCGGAAUGUCUGUGUGUUCCUGGCCCCUCUCUUCUCUUCCUUCACUACCAUCGUCACGUACCACCUUACCAAAGAGCUCAAGGAUGCGGGGGCUGGGCUUCUUGCUGCUGCCAUGAUUGCUGUGGUUCCUGGGUAUAUCUCCCGAUCUGUGGCUGGCUCCUACGAUAAUGAAGGAAUUGCCAUCUUUUGCAUGCUACUCACCUACUACAUGUGGAUCAAAGCAGUAAAGACUGGUUCCAUCUACUGGGCAGCCAAGUGUGCCCUUGCUUACUUCUACAUGGUCUCUUCGUGGGGAGGUUACGUGUUCUUAAUCAACUUGAUCCCUCUCCAUGUACUGGUGCUGAUGCUCACAGGACGUUUCUCCCACCGGAUCUACGUGGCCUACUGUACUGUUUACUGCCUGGGUACCAUUCUUUCCAUGCAGAUCUCCUUUGUGGGUUUCCAGCCCGUCCUUUCGUCAGAGCACAUGGCAGCUUUUGGGGUCUUUGGUCUCUGCCAGAUCCAUGCCUUUGUGGAUUAUCUGCGCAGCAAGUUGAACCCACAGCAAUUUGAAGUUCUUUUUCGAAGUGUCAUCUCCCUGGUAGGCUUUGUCCUUCUCACCGUGGGAGCUCUCCUCAUGCUGACAGGAAAAAUAUCUCCCUGGACUGGACGUUUCUACUCACUGCUGGAUCCUUCUUAUGCUAAGAACAACAUCCCCAUCAUUGCUUCUGUGUCUGAGCAUCAGCCUACGACCUGGUCUUCAUACUAUUUUGACCUGCAGCUCCUUGUCUUCAUGUUUCCAGUUGGUCUCUAUUACUGCUUUAGCAACCUGUCUGAUGCCCGGAUUUUCAUCAUCAUGUAUGGUGUGACUAGCAUGUACUUUUCGGCUGUAAUGGUGCGUUUAAUGCUAGUGUUGGCACCUGUUAUGUGUAUUCUUUCUGGUAUUGGAGUCUCCCAGGUGCUGUCCACUUAUAUGAAGAAUUUGGACAUAAGUCGUCCAGACAAAAAGAGCAAGAAGCAACAGGAUUCUACCUACCCUAUUAAGAAUGAAGUUGCAAGUGGGAUGAUAUUGGUCAUGGCUUUCUUUCUCAUCACCUACACCUUUCAUUCGACCUGGGUGACCAGUGAGGCCUACUCUUCUCCCUCCAUCGUGCUGUCUGCUCGUGGUGGAGAUGGCAGUAGGAUCAUUUUUGAUGACUUUCGAGAAGCAUACUACUGGCUUCGUCACAAUACUCCAGAGGAUGCGAAAGUCAUGUCAUGGUGGGAUUAUGGCUACCAGAUUACAGCUAUGGCAAAUCGGACAAUUUUAGUGGACAAUAACACAUGGAAUAAUACCCAUAUUUCUCGAGUAGGGCAGGCAAUGGCAUCCACAGAAGAAAAAGCCUAUGAGAUCAUGAGGGAACUUGAUGUUAGCUAUGUGCUGGUCAUUUUUGGAGGUCUUACGGGGUAUUCCUCUGAUGAUAUCAACAAGUUUCUCUGGAUGGUCCGGAUUGGAGGGAGCACAGACACAGGCCGACAUAUCAAGGAGCACGAUUAUUAUACUCCGACUGGGGAAUUCCGUGUGGACCGUGAGGGUUCUCCAGUGCUGCUCAACUGCCUUAUGUAUAAGAUGUGUUACUACCGCUUUGGACAGGUCUACACAGAAGCCAAGCGUCCACCAGGCUUUGACCGUGUGCGGAAUGCUGAGAUUGGGAAUAAAGACUUUGAGCUUGAUGUGCUGGAGGAAGCAUAUACCACAGAGCACUGGCUAGUCAGGAUAUACAAGGUAAAGGACCUGGAUAAUCGAGGCUUGUCAAGGACAUAAACGUUACAUCCAUCUCUGAUACGCUUCGCACUGAGGGCAUCACAUUUAGGAUGCUGAAGAUGUUUUUUAAAUAUGCAGUUUAUAAGAACAGAGCACGAUGGGAUUAGAAUUGUCUGGAAGUUUUGCCUUGGGCAGUAUGGGCUGGGCCAAUGCAAUGAUUUUUAUAAUUCUGAGCAGGUUACCAAAUGAAAUGUCAUGGCUUUACUUUGGUCAAUUAAAGGGAGGGAAUUUUUUUUUUUAAUGUGCCUUAUUUGUUUUUACUUUUGACUGAUUUGAGGAAGGCAAAAGUUUAUGCUAUGAUAGGACAGAAAGGAGACCUCAUCCAUUUUUUUAGCUCCCAAAAUCAGUUAUGUAGGGGCAUACUGUCAGGAAAUCUGUCAAGGGCUGGGUGAGAACCUACAUAUACAAACACUUUUGUCAUUUUGAAAAUUGCAGCACCGAGCACAAAGCCUUGCACAUAGUGGGUGCUCAAUAAACUUUUAUUGAAUGAAUAAAUGUGGGACUAGAGGUGUGCCAUUUCUGGAUAGGAAAGACAGCUGUGUUGCCAUCAUGUCUGUUCUCAACAUAUCUCGUCCUUGGAAGCACUGACUUUAUAAGGGAGAGAAGGUGGCUAGCCAGACCUGAUCUCAGUAUUCUUUGGGACUAGCUAGGUGGUUUUCCUUUCUUUCUUUCUAUUUUUUUUAAAGCAGGAAUAAAUCAAGUGAGAAUAAAUCAGCAGUUUUGAAGACUCAAGGCAAACAGUAAAUUAUUAUUCUGAUUCUUAAGGGAGGAAGAAACUCCUCCAACAUUAUGUAUACAACUUGAUGGUCAGUAGGUAUUUUUUGAGUCAGCUGAAAUAUAAUCAUGAAUAUCUAUUUGAAAUCCACUUUUAGUACUUUCACUUAUCCAUGAUACGUUGAAUGUCGCUUUGCUCAUUUCCUUUAGUUUAUGCACUAAAACUCUUGUGGUAAUUUAAAGGUGAGCUGCUUUAUCCCUUAGUCUCUGCCUGUUUGUUGUAAUUACAUACCACUAACAAUCUCAGUGAUCUGGUUUUGAAGUCCUUGCCCAAUAAGCUACAAGUUAGAAGGAGAAAGUGUUAGUAGUAUUACCUAGAGAACAGUGCUAGUCUGACUGCAGUAAAGGGGAAGAGAAAUUUUAAAAAAUUUUAACUCAAAGCAUAGUAGUGCCAAGGAUAUUUAAUGUCGGGAUAAACAGUAAGACAUUGUAUGGAAAUCACAACAUAAGACAUAUAACAGUGAUGUAUAUAAACAUAAGUCAUUAAAAAAAAAUACAAGGUAACGUUUUAGUGUUACCUGUUGAAACAGGAGCAAUUACAUGGCUUUUAGUAAGUCAAAAUGGUGCUCCUAGAGGGUACGCUCAGGUAUACUUAUACACCCAGGGAACUUACCUUCCAAACCAAUUUAUAUACCAAGCGCUUCAACUGUGAGAUUUAGUUUUGAUGCAAUAUUUGAUUUGCUCUAUGUAAAUACAUUAUUUGAUUUAUAUACAGAACUUCCUAGUGGAAGAGGUUAUUUCAAGGUUUUAUUUUUUUAAAUUUCUUCUUACCAAUAUGAAUAAUACCAUUUAGAGAUCAUCAAUGGGCUUCCUCUCUAGUAUAUAUGGGAUAACACUUUAACUCAUCACUGUAGUUGUUGAAUUUAAGUAACUUUGUUACUUUCUAGGCUGCAUGGAGCUAUCUUUUUGAAAAUUUUACUUUUUAUUUUCAUUGUUAUAUUGCGCUUAGUGUAAAAACACCUCAAUUCUAAAACAGCAACAAAUGUUUUCCACUCCACAGAGGCAACCACUUUCAGCUCUGCUGAUUCUCACAUUACUUACCUCCAUCUCAUUAAAUAACUUGCUUUAUUUUGCUGUGUUGAUUUUUCAAUUUUAAUUAUCUGUUGACUUUCUGAUGUGGAAAUUGAGGAUUUAGCUCCUUUUCAUCAUCCUGCUAGUCCCAUGGACCAUUUUAAGGUUUUAUUACAGCUAUGAUUUAGGGUAGCUCAGUAGUUUUUACCUUGUGGCUUUUCAUAACUAGGCCAUGUGGUAUACUGUUACUACUCUUUUCUCCCUUCAUAACUUUUUGGAGGGAGUUUUUUUUCUUUUGUUUUUUGUACUUGUCACUGAUUUCGCCACAAACUCUCAUUCAUUUGUGCUAACUUCCUUUUAAUAUGUUCAGCCUCAUUAGGUAUGUCUUAGAGAUGUCUUCUGUUUCGGUAUGUUUCAGUGUGGUUUACUCUGGGUUUGUUACACACCUCUUGGGUUAGUGUAUCCUUUCACUGUCAUCUUAGGUAUGUUAAUCCCGACUUCAUUCUUGAUUUGUCACCUCUACCUACCUUCCUGAGAAAGUGUGGGAGAUAAAUUUCUUGAGAUCUUGCAUGUCUCAUGUCACACUCAAUUAAUAGGUUGACUAGGUAUAGAGUUCCAGGUUGUGAAUAACUUUUCCUUAGAAUUAUUUUGAAGGCGUUGGCCCAUUGUUUUGUUUUAAGAUGUUGAAAAAUGCAAUACUGUUCUGAUUCUUGACUUUUUUGCAUGUAUCCAUUCCCUCUCGCUUCUAACCCCCGACCUCUUAGGAUCUUCUCUUUGUAUGUAAUGUUCUAACAUUUUCCCACUGAUGUGUCUUGGAGUGGAUCAUCUUUUGUGCUGGGUACUUUAAACUUUCAAGUAUGUAAAGUCAAGUUCUUCAGUUCGGGAAAUUUCCUAGAGUUAUUUGUGGAUUUCCCCCAAUUCCGUUUCUCUUUCUGAUAAAUAAGCUAUUUGGAUGUUGGACUUCCUGGAUUAAUCUCCCAAAAUUCUUAUUCUGUUUUGCUUCCUUCUGGAAGAUUUCCUAAAUUUUUUGUAACCUGUCUAUGUCGUUUCCCUUUUUUCUGCUAUCACAUUUUUUUAAUGUC